AUGUAUUCGACGGCAGUAGCGCUGCAACGCCAAUCAGCAAAUCCCAUCCCGCACGGCUGCUCCGUCUGCCCCGUCGCCUCGCCUUGCCUCGCCGCCAAACGCCAACUCAGCUCUCCUUCUUCUCUUUCCGCAGCCCGUCCGUCACAUUGUCGUGGCAGUACAGCCUUGGUCCUUGUUUCAUUUCGUCUUUUUCUGUAUCCUCAUAUUUCCCCUUUCCACGCCAGCUUCUACGCCGCUGGUCUCAUCCCCCUUUACGAGACUCGACGUGCUCUAUGCGACGCGACAAACGCCUAUAAUCCCAGACACCAUCCUCUCCCUUUCCACAACCUGUUGCCCACCAUGCUGCCGCUCUUUCUUGAACCUACGUCGAGCGUCACGAGCAGCGUCGCCGACACAAUGUCGCAUGUCGCGUCGUCGAGCUCCACGCCACCCACCACCAUCGCUGACAGCGACAGCCUGCACUCAGACACCUCCAAGCACGAUGUCGCCUCCUUUGUUGAGCCCCUGCUCACUGCCUCGCAACCCGACUUCGAACUGGUGUCCGAACCUAUACCGAAGACAGAACCGACACCCACUCCCGAGACUGCCAUCGAGCCUGUCGCCGACCCCGUCACUGUGUCUGGAACCGCGUCCAUCACCUCACUUGUCGCUGAGCCCGUCGCCGAGCCUGCUCAGCUCUCGCCCCAGCGGACACGCCGCAACUGUACUUCUGCGCCUGUUUACAACCUUUCCAAGCUGAGCGGCACCGCCGGCCACGGAAAGCGACGCGCCAAUGGCGAUGAUGUCGCCGAUCGCCGACGUCGCACAAUCUCUGGUGAUACUCUUAUCAAUGAUGGCGUGUCGACUCGCAGCUCAAUCUCGACCAGAGCAAAGUCUCGCAGUGGCAAGGAUGCAAUUGAGGCGCUCGAUCUCGGCUGGACGCCCUCCGACCUCAACUCCCCGCGUGCUAGCCGUCGCCUUGCCCAAGAGUCUACUCGCCCGCGCCGUCUCAGCUCACGCCCUGGUGCAAGCGUUGGCGCCGCUGUAUCAUCUCUUGGCUCUCAUCUAUCCAAAAUUGGCAAGCGCGGAACCAAGGCCUUCGCUGGCUCCAUGAGCCGAGUAUCGCGCGAGCUUUUGCGCUUACGCGACACGAAUGAGUUUUCUCACAUUGACGACCACCCUGUGCGUCACACCAUUUGGGCCAAUGGCAAGUUUGUUGAUCCAAAUGCGCCGCCGCCUACACCACCCAAAAAGAAGGCCAAGGAGGCCGCACCCGAGGAGGAAAAGGUCGAGGAACCCGUUACCGAAAUUAAGCCUCGCGGACCCAAGAAGUUUCUGGCCAAGGGCCUGUACGCGGGUCAAGAUGCGCCUACAAAGGCUGACUUUUGUCUGACGCUGGCCGAGAAGAAGAAGCUUGCCAGUCUUCCCGAGCUCGACUUCACAAAGAGCGUCAAUCGCGUUAUGCCAGCGCCUAUAUACACCGGGUUACGCCUGUUACUUCAGGGUCGCGACUUCAAGCUGCCAUUCCAGACCUGCAACCCGCUGCCACCCGGUCAGCCCAAACCCGACGAAUGGAAAAAGAUGACCAAGAAUCGCUUCAUUGGCGACUCCAAAGAUUACUGGCGCAAGUCACCACACUACCAAGACUACUCCAAGUGCGUGUGCACGCCCGAAGACGGCUGUGGCGACAACUGCCAGAACCGAAUCAUGCUUUACGAAUGUAACGAUAUCAACUGCAACGCAGGAAAAGCAACAUGCACCAACAGAGCAUUUGCCACACUCACUGCCCGACGUGCCAAGGGUGGAAAGUACCGUGUCGGUGUCGAAGUCAUCAAAACGUCUGACCGUGGCUACGGCGUGAGGAGCAACCGCUGCUUCCGCCCUCAUCAAAUCAUCAUGGAAUAUGCUGGUGAAAUCAUCACGGAGGACGAAUGCGACCGUCGCAUGAAGAACGAGUACAAGAACAACGAGUGCUACUAUUUGAUGAGUUUUGACCAAAACAUGAUUAUCGACGCCACCACUGGUAGCAUAGCCAGAUUUGUCAACCACAGCUGCAAUCCCAACUGCCGCAUGAUCAAAUGGAUCGUCUCGGGUCAGCCGAGAAUGGCCUUGUUUGCGGGUGACAGCCCCAUCAUGACGGGAGAUGAGCUCACGUAUGACUACAACUUUGACCCAUUCUCCGCCAAGAAUGUUCAAAGGUGUCUUUGCGGUGCCGACAACUGCCGCGGGUUUCUCGGACCUCGCCCACGUGAAGUGAAGCCCCCAAAGACUGAUCUGAAAAAUGCCGUCAAGGGCACGAUCAAGGCUGGAAAGCGCAAGCUCAAGGAGAUGCUCGGGGAGGAAGUGUCGAGCAACGACAAGAGCAAGAAACGCAAGAUUCAGUCAGCCACGGGCGUCAAGCGCUCGCUCUCGAGCGCGAGCCUGAAGGCAGCCAAGGGUGCUGCGACGGCCAUUAAGAAGAGCGUCUCCAACAUGUCGCUGGCCAAGAAGAACUCGGCCAAAUCGACGCCCGUGAAGCGGCGGGCCAGCACGGGCAACCUGCUAAAGAAGGCGACGGUAAAUAAGUUGAUUAAGAUUCGGCCCGGCGCGGACAAGCCGAGCACGAAGCAGGUGUCCUCGCGCUCCUCCAGCCUGACCAUGGUCGGCACCAGUGAGGAGAAUGUGCGCGCCGGCAAAAAGACAACACCCAAGAAGGCAUCUUCCGGCAAGGCAUCAACCAAGAGUUCGCCUGGCGGUGCCUCGAAGAGUACGCCAAAAGGCUCGGCCAAGAGCCGAGCAUCCAACGUGGGCGGUACUCCGCAGAGCAAAACGACGCCAAAGGGAAAAGUGACGCCAAAGACGGCCCAACGUCGACUCAGCGGCAAGCCCAAACAAAUCGCCAAGCCGACAAUUAAGCUUGUCGACGAUUGA